GUUUGCGGCAGUCGCCCGACUAACCGGUGCCGAGCGCGAAAAAACACAUACGCGCGCCGCGACACGAAAAAGACCCUUUUUCCUACCACUUAUUUGGAAAAAAAAUAGUUUUCGUUCGAAAAUUCGGGUUAAAAGCCGGUCGAAACCGCUUACUAGCGAUUUUAGUGCAUUUCUGUGCUGGGAAACAUAAUUUUCCAGCAUCACAUGCCCCAGCGCGGAGAGCGUCAAGUUUAGCCACCGCACCAGCCGCACCGAGCCGCACGGCUACCGCCAGAUGAUCGGCUCAUUCUGGAACCUGUGCCGCGCGUGCCCUUCCAUGCCUGUGGAUAAGCUGCACUCGGAAUACCGCAGCACUUACCGAUGGCACGAGUUCAAGGAGCAGCAACAGCAGCAGGGGGUGGUGAAACAGCCCGCCCCCACGCCGCCCUCCGCGCUGCCUAUCGCACGAGGAGCAAUAGAGCCAGCGAUGCCACGACGGAAGAAAUAUCCGGGUGUCGCGUACAAGACGAACGAGCUGUUUGACCCGGCUCCCAUAGACGACAUCCGACCCCAUCAGGCAUCCGCCUUCGACCGCGCCCGGAGCGCUCAGAGGAAUGAUUCGGAGCGCGCCGGGAGACGCAGCAAAUCCGAAGGUCCUCGUCAACCGCGGUGGACGGACACCGUAGAGCCAAAGGCAACCACAGCUCUCGGGGAGGUGCUGGCGGUGAAGGAACCCGAGGUUGUCGUCAGCACGGAGUACCGCAACCAGUUCGCGUGGCCCAAAGAUGACUCCGCGCCCAGGAAGAGUAUCUCAAUGGGCGCGCUCAAGAAGGCAGCCGUCGCUGAAGGGUCAGUAGAAGCUGAGCCCCUCAUGAACCACGUGGACGGAGACCAUGACGAUGCUCCCAAAAGGUACAUCGAAGACUAUCUGUGGAACGGACAGAAGCCCGGCGUGCAAAGAAAAUCGACGUUCCGUAGCGCGCUAUCGGCCCUCAUAUACAACGGGGAGGAUCGUUCCAAAGAUAAUAGGAAACGUUACAAAAGCGAGUACAAAAAGAAAUUUAGACCGUUCUCUCAAUACGUGUACGAGGCGUCUAAAGGGACGUUUACGAAAUGCAGGGGGAAAGGGAAAGCGAUAGAGGAGGCGAGCGAGCGAUUGGUGGGGGGUGCGGAGGGCGCGGGGGCGAGGGCCGGGGGCGACGGGGUAGACGGGGCGGGGCCGGCGGGCGCCGAGGACUCGGCCACGACGCUGCGCGCGGCCGGCCUGCAGCCGCUCGGCCUCGCGCAGGGCGACUCGUGGUACCGCGAGGUGCUGGACCUGCGCAAGCGCGCCGGCGAGUACAAGUACCGCGGCUGGGGGACCGAACUAGCUCCAGAGCACAUCACCCAGCUUUACAAUAAACAAAUCGAACUCUGGUACCAAGUGUCCCGCCGGUCCUCGCUGUCUGCCCUUUCACUCGCUUCCACCAAUCACAAGGCCUUGCCUCGAGAUGAAAAGGAUGGCAAGGAGUCGAGGAACCAAUCCCCGAAGAAGUUCAGGUCAUUCCGCUCGGCACCACACCAGUCCAUCCAUGCCAAGCUUCAGGAGACGAAGGCUUUAGAACGGUCUCCACAUAAGACUUCGCCCCAGAAGCAAAGGAAGAAGCUGCAAGGGCACAGCUUUGAUGAUGGUGCUACCCAAGAAGGGGCAAAAACUGAUUCAGCAUUCCGCUCCCCGCGCCGCCGGCCGCGCUCCGCUGACCCCGCGCCCGUGCCUAGCGUGCGGCACAUGCCCAACGGACACGAGGCACGCCCUGCCAAGCCUACUGGUUUGCCGUUAAGUAGGGGGAGUAGUAGUAGAGUUAGGUCGUCAUCCCGAGGGGGCAGAUCACCCUCGGCACCGAGCAAAACUGGGGCAGUAAAUGGGACAGUAUUGGUAAAUGGGGAUGUUGGGGCAAACGGGACAUUGGGGAAAGGGGCAACAUCGCCAGACCGGGGCCGACGCAGUCGCAGCGUUUCAAAAGUGGGCAUAAAAUUGGACGAUGAGAUAAUACCGUCUCACCGUAGCGCAUCGGUUGCCAAGGAUCACUUUUUCGACGACUCGCCGAUCGUCAAAUCGCCUCCGGAGCCAACCCGGGUGAAGUCCCCGGAACAACUGAACAUGCGUUCACCCGACCCGGUCAAUUGGACGGUACCUCUUGACACCGGAAAGACUUUCACGGUCACCCAAAACGUCAAAAGCGAAAUCGCUCCAAUUCACCACCAGCAAAUGUCACCAAUUCGCUCUCUUAAAAAGAGCGACUCCCCUACAAGCCUUAGCAAGCGCACCGAUAAGACCCCCACAACACCUAUCAGCUUAACCCCUAUCGAUGAAACCAAGGCACUGGACAUGAACAAUAUAAACGGAAUCAACGGGAUUAACAGCAACCAGGUAACCCCUGAAACCCCUAUCGACAUUAAAGAUAUCAAAGAUAUUAAAGAAAUGAAGGAAAAAGAGAAGGAAGUAGUCAAAAAGUCGACCGAAGCGACUCAAGUGGCACCAGGGGUCGUCGACACGACCGUGGUCAAUGAGACCCCCACAGGGGGUCUGACUGCGGCAGAAGUCCUGGACAGGGCUCGCACAAGGUUUGACAAGUUUUGGGGCAAAAAGGAGGAUGAGGUUUAGUCAAUUUCAAAAAGUUUAUUACAAAUUGUGACAAUUUAACAAUUCGCCUAUCAGUUCCUAAAGCUUCGAUGAAUUUAUAAGACGAAAUAAAAUAAAGUUGUAACUGCAAUUUUUGACAUCAAGCUUGAAUUUUUGGAUGAAAAGGGCUUUAAAUUGACAUCUCUACAUACAAAAUUGACUUAAUUGACAGUAACAAUUUAUAUAAAUAAACAAUUGUCCAUAUAUUAUGACAACUCUCCAUAUAGUCAAGUUCGAUGUACAAAAUGCAGUUAUCAAUGUGUUAAGAUUGGAAUAUCAUGGCGUAUAAGAAAGUAUUAGGUACGUAGGUAAGUAUGUAUUAUGAAUUCUUGUGGGGCUUGAAAAUUAGUACCUAUGCAUUUUAUGGUAUGAAAUAAAUUGUCACAAUACGUAGUAAAACCGGAAAAGUAGGGAAAAAGAGCGGUGUAUAGCUAGCUUCGCUUCAAACAACAAUGUAAAGAUAAUAAAAUAUUUAUUUGAUAAUUUCUCGACGAAUUAUGAUAUAUCACUGUCUGAUAGGAGUGUGAUGGCUUGUGAUAGUAGUGAUGACCUUGACGACUAGACUAAAUAUUAUAAUAUAUCGGUUACUAUAUAAUUACUAACACAUUGUAAUUUUUGUAAUAUAUCUAAGAAAUUCAAGUACGAAUACCGGUUCCUUUUUAAUCCAAAACAAUAUAAGAAUAAUCUUACUUAAUUAAAAAAUCGAAUAAUGUUAUUAUCAAUAUUAUAAGAGUAUCUUUAAACCACAAAUACUUUGGUUAGCCGAUAGUUUGGUGGGCUAGAGCAAUCGCGCUCCUGUGUCGUUGAAAUGAUUACCUUGCAUUUACAUAUUUGCCAUAGAGGCCUGAUUUGUCAAACUCGCCACUGUCCGAUUGCGUGACGAGACCGAAGAUGAAUGUGUGAACGGGUAGCUCACGAUCUGGCUUGCCAUUUCUUACGCCCUCUAGUGCGAAUGUGUAAAUGUAUGUUUAUGAAAGGCACAUACUUCCAAAGUUGACAAUCACUUAUGAUUAAAAGAUAGAGUUGGAUUAUAAGUUGAUGAUUGCAAAAGGAUGCGUGUAAAGUUAUAUAAAUCUUCAAGUUUUGGACUAUCGGCCAAUUAAAACUGUGUCCCGAGAAAACUCUUUUUCCAUGUUAGUUAUCAUAAAUCCCCUAACCUGUCUCUGAUGAUUUUCAAAAAUUCCUAUUUUUUGCUGUCAUCGACAAUUUUUAUUUAUAUUUCUUGGCGUGCCCCUAUUGAAAUUAGCUUUGUAUACCGUCUGUCUCUCCGUCCAUCAUAUAGUAAAAAUAAACCAUACAAACUUCCAGUACCGGUCUUACUGAUAAACUGUCAAAUUGAUUGAUUAUUCUAUCAUUAUAUCAUUAAUUAUUUAUAAUAUUAACUCAUUUUUAACUACCCAAUAAACCACAUAGUAGGUACAUAAAAAUGUCAAAUUCAGUCAGUAUUAUAUUUAUUUGAAGCAUUAAAAAAAUCUUAGUUUUAAUUUUUUUUUUAAAUUUCUUUAUUAUUCUGCUACUACGUUUACGUUCUAUAUUAAAAAAUAACAGUCACUAUAAUACCAACCUAAAAAAAUAAACAAAGUAUACUCGCGUAAAUGUAGUAAGCCGUCCAAAAUGUAGUAUUUUUUUGCGAAUCUUUUUUAAAAUUUAACAUAUUAAUAGUUAAAAUAUUUUAUUUUUAAAAAUACUUGUAGCACUUCUUAAAAGUGUAGGCUAUAUUGAAAAUAUUUUUGAAAGCUUCUGUUUUAUCUGUGCCUAAUACAGAAAAUUCGAAUUUCGAUUAUGUGGCGGGAAACUUAAUUAAGCUGAGUGUGAAGUGUUAAUUGUUUAUCAAACAAGUAAAUAAAUUAUUAAAAAUAAUGGAAAAAGCUCGUCAAUCCUGUAGACUUUGUCUUUCAACGUCAGAAUUUAACAUUUCCUUAUUCAGGAAUUAUUCCCGUAAAACUAAUAUGCUGGAGAAAAUAAUCACUUGUUAUGAUCUCGUCAUCAAGGAGUCUGAUAACUUGACAAAUAUUUGUCACCAUUGUGCAACAAAUGUUGAGAAUUAUUAUGAUUCUAUUAUUCAGGUGAGAAAAACACAGGAUAAGAUUUGUAAAUCAGAUAUAUCUAUCAACAAAAGCCAAAAGAUUGAAGGUGAAAACAGGUGGGUAACGAGAACGUCAUACGUUCGGGAACAAGUAAACGACAUUGGACUAUAAGUUUUCAUUCCUAGACGUAUAUUUCGGCAAAGAGAUUUGCGCAGAACCGAAGAAGACAAGCUCAAGUGCGUUGUUUUCUUAUUUUUAAUCACCAAACGUAAGUAAACCAUCAAAUAAUAAUGGUUAUAGCUGGAAAACGCCAACCACUCUCAUCGCGAAUUUAGUGGUGAAAAAAUAAAUAAGAAGCGCGAAGCAAAACACAACCAUAAAAAUGUCUAAUUCAGUCGGUAUUAUAUUUGUUUGAAGCAUUAAAAAAUCUUAGCUUUGAAAUUUAAAAAUGUUUCUUUAUUAAUCUGCUACUACGUUUACGUUCUAUGUUAUAAAAUAAUAACGGUCACUAUAGUACUAACCUAAAAAAAAAAAAAAAACAAAGUAUACUCGCGUAAAUGUAGUAAGCCGUCCAAAAUGUAGUAUUUUUUGCGAAUCUUUUUAAAAUUUAACAUAAUAAUAGUAAAUACAUUUUAUUUUUGAAAAUACUUGUAGCACUUCCUUAAAGUGUAGGCUAUAUUGAAUUUUUUUUCUGAAAGCUUCUGUUUUAUCUGUGCGUAAUACAGAAAAUUCGAAUUUUGAUUGUGGCGGGAAACUUAAUUAAGCUUAGUGUGAAGUGUUAAUUGUUUAUCAAACAAGUAAAUAAAUUAUUAAAAAUAAUGGAAAUAACUCGUCAAUCCUGUAGACUUUGUCUUUCAACGGCAGAAUUUAACAUUUCCUUAUUCGGCAAUUAUUCCCGUAAAACUAAUAUGCUGGAGAAAAUAAUCAGUUGUUAUGAUCUCGUCAUCAAGGAGUCUGAUAACUUGACAAAUAUUUGUCACCGUUGUGCAACAAGUGUUGAAAAUUAUUUUGAUUCGAUUACUCAGGUGAGAAAAACACAAGAUAAGAUUUGUAAAUCAGAGAUAUCUAUCAACAAAAGCCAAAAGAGUGAAGGUGAAAACAGGUGUGUUACGAGAGCGUCAUACGUUCGGAAACAAGUAAACGACAUGGACUAUACGUUUUCAUUCCUAGACGUAUCUUUCGGCAAAGAGAUUUGCGCAGAACCGAAGAAGACAAGCUCAAGUGCGUUGUUUUCUUAUUUUUCAUCACCAAACCUAAGUAAACCAUCAAAUAAUAAUUCUUACAAAUGGAAAACGCCAAACACUCUCACCGCGAAUUUUAGUGGUGAAAAAUU